CAGACAGAUCAGACAACGACAACUGGUUCAAACCGACCGCGCUACAUUCCAAAAGAAGUUUUUGAACUUCUCCUAGCAGCCUACGAAAUGCAGCUUGAAAGAUUAAUCAAACCAGUUCAAAUGCAUUUCUUACAAGAAUGGGAACCAUUGAUUCAGUCAAACUUUAUUCUGCUCCAUCGAGUAUUCUCGGCAAACUCGGCAUUCAAAGAACUCUUUGUCUAUUGUUCAGAGACGUUAUUGGACGAUCCAGUAAUUCUCUUCAAGACGGGUGAUUAUCUUACAGCCGACGAAGACGCUUUGAUAUCUGUUUUCGAACGCAACGAUUUGUUGAUGGACGAGGGGAAUAUAUGGAACCACAUCAUUUGUGGG